AUGUUCUCCUCCCUCCUCACCAUCCUCAGCCUCUCCUCCACCGCCCUCGCAAUGCCUUUCGCAUCACCCCAAGCAGCAGCAUCCCAAACCAUCUCCGUCUCCUACGACGAGCGAUACGACCAGGGCACCUCCUCCCUAACCACCGUCUCCUGCUCUGAUGGCACCAACGGCCUAAUCACGCAGGGCUACUCGGACUUCGAAUCCCUCCCCAACUUCCCCCUAAUCGGAGGCGCGCCCACCGUCGAGGGCUGGAACAGCCCCAACUGUGGUAAAUGCUAUCAAUUGCACUACCAGAACGGGAAGGUUGAUAAAACGAUUAAUGUGCUCGCGGUGGAUUCUGCGGUCGGAUCGUUUAAUUUGGGAUUGCAGGCUUUGGAUCAGUUGACGGGUGGGAAUGCGCAGCAGUUGGGGAGGGUUGAUGCGACGUAUACGGAGGUUGAGGCGUCGCAGUGUGGUGUUUAG